AUGACUGUCUCGUCCAUUCUUUCUGCUCUUCGCGAGUGUGAGAAUGACCAGAACAAUAAUCUCAUCGGCGUAUUGGCCAUCAUCAAGCCAUCUCGAACCUCCUCAAACGACGCCCAUGUGGCUUCAAUAGUCCGGGGCCUCUGUACCCAGAACAGCAAGCUUCGAGCCAUGCUAUUAACAAGUAUCAAUGACGUGGCAAGUGAUCCAGAGUCUGCCAUGGACAUUUUCAAACUGUUUGCCAACGAUUUCAUUCUCUGGUUCGACAUCGGUUUCGUGGUGUUCGAGAAAUUCUUGGAAUGUUUCCCCAUCGACGGCGAUUCGGCUUCGCUUGAAAAACCACUUAUACACUGCGGCUGCUACCCGGCAUUCGCAGACUCGGCCAUUGCCAUUAUCCGCAACCCAUUCGUGGUGGAUAAAUUGACCGAGUGCAAAGCUCGCACUCAGGCUUUGCUCGAGAAAUAUGCUGCCUACAAUGACCAGCUAAGGUUGAACAAUAUCAGCUUUGACCGCAUUCGCGCCAUAUCUGGUGACAACGUGUCGUGCUAUUUCACCUUGAAUCAGAUUGUUGACAGAACCCGCAACGAGCCUCUCUACUGGGGCUACAAGAAGGUGGAGUUUCUCUUGUUGAACUUACAGAACGAAAAGAAAGUCACAGCCUCCGACAUUCCCUAUAAUGCAUUAGCGGUGGUCAGUGUUCCAGAAGACGACACUGCAAGAUCUGUGUUGUUUCCUCCUUUCAGACUUAAUGAAUUGUCCAUGUCUCGCUCAGAGAACAUGAUUAAGUUCACUCCCCCAGCACUCUUUGAUGAUACUGAACUGAAGUCAGAAUCUUUCACCGUGGAAGCUCGUGAGGAUCUUCUUCAGGGGUGGUAUGAGAAGUUAGCUCGUAUUUUCCCCACUACUACGAAGCUUGUGUCGAGCCAGGACCUUAAUUUGGAAGGUUUGGGCAUCAACACUGUGUCUGACAAUUCUGAAUGCGAUUCGAGAUCUGUAUCCACUCAGGAGUCUGCCUCCGGGCCAUCAACUACUCUGGAUGACUGUGAACGUCUUUCCGAGGAGUCCAGAAGAGGUUCCUUCGAAAUCAUGAAGAAGACGUUGUCCCACAACGGCAUCGCUACUACCGAGCAAGGGAAAAGUCUUGAGGUGGUGAGCGCUAGCCAAGUACGCAAUUCGGUCAGAGGUAAUAUUGAGUAUGUUGACGACGAGUCUGUGAUUGACGACUAUUUGAGUGACGAUUGUGCAACUGGUUUUGAAAUUGUCAACUCCGCAACUGCUCCGGUUAUGGCCCAACCGGCAGUGCCCAGAAUUCAGCCUCUUGCAUCCGCAUCUCUUCCUGAUUUGUCUGUUUCCGUGAAACCUCCUAAACCAAUGUACCUGAAUGCAGCUGGAAUCGACAUCAACAACUUUGGAAGAAGUUAUAAUCCGUCAUUUACUUCCAUCGACGAAUUGCCUCAAUCUAGAAAAAACAGCAAGCUGAAGGGCUCGGAAGGAGCCGCCAGAUCGAGAUCAUCGUCCAUAUUCGGAUUAUUCAGAAAGAACAAGUCGAAGGAGGCUCUUCAUGAAGAUACAACAGCAGCCGCUAAGACAAAGGCUUCGAAGACAGAUAAGAAGAUUCAUGCAAGCCUGUCUAGGGCGGAACAAAAGAAGAGAGAUAAGGAUCACAAUGCCCAGGAAAAGCAAAAAGCGACAGUUGAAAAGGGAAGUGCAGAGCAAAAGAUGACCAGCAAUAAAAAGAGUUUGGCUGCAAAGCGUCCGGAACUCUCUAUUGAGGUGCCAAAGAUUGGAGCCGGCGCGUCGUCCAGUCAGCCUCUGAGUGCAACCUCAUCAAAUUUCGCUAGUACCUUGCCUCUGCCAUUUGCAUUGCCAAAUUCGACCUCUACAUACUUCUUCAAGCCUCCAACGGGUCUUGCCAGCAACAAUAAUUCCACUACUAGCCUUGCUGUUCCUGAAAUUGAGGAGGUAUUGAAGAUUCCAAAUGAGUUGAAAUCCCUUAUCAACUCCGAUGAGUCAAUUGAUUUUUACAUAUCUCCAACAACAUCGAAGGAAUUGAAAGUGUCCAAAUGGAAACAGAAAUACGGCAAAUGGGAAAUGAUCACUACCAACGAGAAACUUUUUGUCAAGAUCGUCACCAACUACCUCCUCCACAAGAGUUGGUUGUUGGUAUUUAAGGAAGAGUACGAUGAGGAGUACGGUGAAGAGGUGGACAAACCUGUGUUGAUUCUUAACAUUGAUUCGGCAGCCAAGGUCAGACACUCAUCUGCGCUUGACUUGGAGAUCAACUCGGUGAACUCGAUAACCAAUGAGAGAGUGCUUGUUAUUGCAAGAUGCUAUAAUGGUGCCCUCUUAACAAGCCUUAAAAUGAACCUUGAGAACAUUUUGGAGGUAAUGAACACUGAUCCUUCGUUGAAGAAGUCGGCAACCUUCGACUCCAACAACACAUUGGCAUCUUCAAUGAUGAGCAACAAGCCUAGCGCUUCAUCAACGCUCACCAGCAUUUACACAGCUCUCAAUGACGUCAAGCAAACUCCUUGCUCGACUGCUCCCUCCCUUCCAAAUGACGAGAUCGUUCAUGAUGGGGACAUGGUACUUCUUGAUCGUGCUACCGUUAGACUUCACAAGCAACAGGAGUCUUAUGAUGAAAUACACCGUCUUUCGUCUUGGAAGACCAUCAACAUGUAUUCUCUAAGCAUUCACCAUUCCACUGAUAGUUUCGACAAGGCGUCAUAUCAUUUCAGCUUAGACUGCCACGAUAAAUCUGUGGAGGAAGACAACGAGCAUUUUGAGUUUAGUUUUGACGAAGCAACGAUCUUCAAUUUUAUUGAGCAAAUUGGUAAGGCAGCUCUCUUGUUGAAAGUCAGCAAUGAGGAGAUCUACAUGUUGGAAUGCAAGGGCAAAAAGGAAUUUAAGCGGUUAUAUGAGCUUUUUUAA